CCUGCAGCUGCAGCUCUGCUCUGCGUAGUCCUCGCUCCUGUACGAAUUUUCCUGCUCUGCUCGCUUCCCCGGUCGGUCGGUCAGUCAGUCAGUCAGCUCGGUCAGCUCCCCCUCCUGCUCCUCGUGCGCCGAUCCUUCACUGUUUGAAGUUCUGAACUCUCGGCCAGUGAGAUCAGUGAGAGAGUGUGAGAGAGAGAGAGCGAGUUAGUGAGUGAGUGUGUUUAUCCACCCGCCUGUGCGGGAUCUGCUCGGAGCGUAGGAAUGCUGCCGGUGAAUAUCUUGGUUCUGAAGUGUCAUCAGCUCGACAGUAGAUGUCGUAUCGGUGGUGAAUAUUUGAGUAUGUUGGUGGUGAUAAUGAAGACUUUGGGGGAUGAUUGAGUGUUAGCUGAUCGGGUGAAAGUGAGGAGGAAGAGGAGGAGCGAGCAGCUGGUUGAUGACUGCUAGCUCGAUUGGGAGCGGGGAAGGGGAAUGCCAUCUGAAAAGUCGGUUGUUUGAAUUUCGUGGAGGUAUGUGACAGGGGUUUGGGAGGGAGGGGAAUUAUCAGUUUAGUGCUAAGCCUUCACCGGGCACCUUUGUUAUGAUUUCGACCUUCUGUGGCACAUCUUUGGUGCAACCGAGCCGAAGUCGACACAGCAACCAUUGGUACUUCUCGCCUCAGUGCUGGACGACCUACGCUUUUUGCUUACUUCUAGGUCUUGCAGGAUGUUACUCUGCCGCACUGCAGGAGUCGACUUCAAAUAUUACUCUGCCAACCGACAAUUCAUGUCUUCUGGACACCGUGCCCGGUGGUCACUAUAGACUGUACCCUGUGGACUUUCAGGGCUGCUCAAGCGAAGAUGUAGAUGGCUACCUCAAUGUCGAGCUUCGUGUUACCAACCAGACAGCUCAAUAUGGAAGUUUCAUCCACGAUCCUCUCUUUUUGCUCGUGGUGGACACCAGAGAGCAACUACCAGUUCUCAACGUCAGUAGGAAUGGAACGCAGACCGGGUCCACGUUUGCGACCAUAGAUGACGAUGGUUCGAUAUUUCUUAACCACACACAUUUGAUUCUCUCAUUGAAGGAUUAUGAUGAAGAGUUUCCCUGGUAUGCAAGUGUGUCUGCCUGGACAGUGGAUGUGAGCUUUGUUUUAAGAUCAUGGUGCACAGGGAGUGAGAACUGUGCUGGCAAAUGCGUGGAGGAUGAGUCUCAGCGAUGUGUAGGCAGAGGUUCUUGCAAGUGCUUCAUCAGUCAGAGCAACUCAAUUUGUGAAACAGAUGUGCAGCCUCUUCAACACUUCUGGGAUGAACUCAAACAGGUGGAACUUGAAUCCAGCGUACAGCAGACUGUAGGUUCUGGGGAGUGGAAUUAUUACUCAUUUGAGGCAUUUGAUCGGAAUGCACGUGUUCUCGUAGAAUUGGUUCGUGAACAAGGUGACACGGCACUCUUUCUGAAACCUAGGAACGCCAACAGCAGUUUGACAGUGCCAUCAGGGAGCGAUUUUGACAAGUAUUCAGACAAAGAUGGUUUUCGAAACCGUUUCAAUAGUCAAUACAUAUAUGUCUCAGGCCCGGGGAGCUUCGUCAUUGGUGUCUUUAACAACGAUGCCUGUUUUAAAAGCCAAGCUGCUUACAAUCUAGCAGUGACGGUUGCCACCCCACAUACGCCGUGGACUGUGUGUCCUUUCAAUUGUUCUUACCCUCAAGGAACUUGCAUCAGAGAUACUGAGUGUGCGUGCGCGAAAGGCUAUGCCGGAUACUUCUGUGAUGCAUCCGUUGUGUACGCAGAUCUCUUUGAAGCAUUCGGUGAUACGUUGCAACCAGGAGAAAUCAUCUACUAUCAAAUAAGUCUGGAGCACGUGGUGGGGACGAAUAGUCUCACAAUAGAGUUCACUCGUAGCGGAGGCCACGCCAUCUUGUUAGUGGGCGAGGCUGGGCCUUAUCCCACACCUAUCAACAACACUUUCAAAUCGCUUGACGGACCUUCUGCUGACAACAUCUCCAGUGUAUAUUCUCUGGACAAUGUUGGUAGCUCAAAUGAAAGUGUCGUCCUCGCCGUAUUCAACGCAGAUCACUUCGUUCGGGGCGAGUCCACGUUUGAAGUUCUUGUUCUUCUUGUAGAAUCAGAGAACGCCAAGAGAGCUUUGAAGCCGACUCUUAUCAUACUGGUGGGCUUCCUGAGCGCUGUCUUUGCCUGUGUGGCUAUGGGAAUUGUCAAGUUCCUGAUGCAUAGGUGGAAUGGAGGAGAAGCAAUUGCAACUUUUGAUCAAUCCACAAUUGAAAAUGUUGAAGAUACUGCUCUUGCGCGACAGGGCUUGGAGAGAGAUGUUGUUGAAAGUUAUCCUCUGAUCACGUAUCAAGAAGAGCUGAAGCUCAACGAAACUCACUGCCCCAUCUGCCUCAGUGAGUACAACACAUCUGACAAACUGCGUGUACUUCCCCCCUGUACACAUACCUUUCACGUGGGCUGCGUCGAUAAGUGGCUACGGGAUCAUGCGAAUUGCCCAGUGUGUCGUGUUGUCUUACAGCGCAGCUCCGUUCAAGAAUCAUCCCAUCAAGGAGGUCAUGCAACUUAGAAUCGGCAACCGGGGGAUGCAGGGCAGAGGACAUAUGAUAGAGCAGUUUGCAAGUCUCUGCAGAGUGUGAAGUGAAUGCCUCAGAAAUGGAGAAUUUCAGGUUCACUUUCCAAGAAGCGGACCAUGACAGCACGAGACUCCGUCUAAAGAGGGAACGUCGAAGAAUGAAGACUUCUUAGUUCUGCGCUUACCACCGUCGAAGUUCGCAUAUCAUACGGAGUGUACUCAUGUUGAGAGACCGACUCACCUGGACCACUGGGUAGGUCUGCAGAAGCAAGAGAUGUUGUCUUAUGUACAGAAGUGUAGAAGAUAGAGGAUUGAAUAAAAGGUUCAAGACAUGUUGUGAGU